AAGAUGAAGACUGGUUGACUCUUUGACUUUUUGGGUUGGGUAGGCCACCAUGUGCUGGCCGAUAUAAUUGGGAGUACUCACAUUCUAUAUAUACCAUUCAACAUCUAUCUUAAGUUACAACAACUCAUCAAGAAACAAAUAACCAAGGUUAUGCAAUCUCAUGCCUUGUAACUAAAACCCCAUCCCCUCUUCCCUCUGUCACCACCAGGCCAUCAUGGCCGACCACAAAUCCGAAGAAAACGGUCUUUCGGGUAAGUCUAAUCACCUUAUCACUGACUUCGAUCCACCAAAACCGCCGAAGAGGAACAAGUAUGCUUUCGCCUGUGCCAUAUUGGCUUCCAUGACUUCUGUCUUGCUUGGUUAUGAUAUUGGUGUGAUGAGUGGGGCCCAAAAAUUCAUCCAAAGAGAUUUUGGUUGUAGUGACAGGCAAAUCGAGAUCAUGGUGGGUAUUCUCAACCUAUACUCGUUGGUCGGGUCAGCCGCCGCCGGGAGAACAUCCGACUGGAUUGGUCGCCGGUACACAAUUGUGUUGGCUGGAGCUAUUUUCUUCAUCGGAGCAAUCUUGAUGGGGGUCGCUACAAACUACGCGUUUCUCAUGGUUGGCCGGUUUGUCGCUGGUAUCGGCGUAGGAUACGCGCUUAUGAUUGCACCGGUGUACACAGCAGAGGUUUCGCCGGCGUCUGCUCGUGGCUUCCUCACUUCUUUCCCAGAAGUCUUCAUUAACGCUGGUAUAAUGUUCGGGUAUGUGUCAAACUAUGCUUUCUCAAAGCUUCCGCUUCACUUGGGAUGGCGAAUCAUGCUAGGAAUCGGAGCCAUCCCAUCAGUAAUCUUAGCCGUGGGUGUCUUAGGCAUGCCCGAGUCACCCCGUUGGCUAAUCAUGCAAGGACGAUUAGGUGAUGCCAAAAUCGUCCUUGAUAAAACCUCCGACAGCUUGGAAGAAUCCAAGCUUCGGUUGGCUGACAUCAAGAAAGCAGCUGGCAUCCCUGAAGACUGUAACGACGAUAUUGUCCAAGUAUCUAAAACUAGCCACGGUGAGGGCGUAUGGAAGGAGUUGUUGAUCCAUCCCACGCCCACCGUCCGCCAUAUUUUAGUAGCGGCCCUAGGCAUCCAUUUCUUCCAACAAGCGAGUGGAAUCGACGCCGUCGUGUUAUAUAGCCCGAGAAUCUUCGAGAAGGCAGGGAUAGUCAAGGACACCCCGCAGCUACUCGCAACCAUAGCCGUUGGAUUCGUGAAAACAGUGUUUAUUCUAGUGGGCACGUUUAACCUUGACAAAGUCGGACGUCGACCACUAUUGUUAUCUAGCAUUAUUGGCAUGAUCGUAUCGUUACUGACACUCGGUAUGGCAUUGACCAUCAUAGACCACUCCGAUCACAAGAUCACAUGGGCUAUAGCUCUCUGCAUUAUCGCAGUUUUAUCAUUCGUGGCGUGUUUUUCGAUCGGGAUGGGGCCAAUUACCUGGGUGUACAGCUCUGAGGUGUUUCCGUUACGGUUGCGAGCACAAGGGUGUAGCAUUUGUGUGGCAGUGAACAGGACGACAAGUGGGGUGAUCACUAUGACAUUUAUUUCCCUGUAUGAGGCGAUUACGAUAGGCGGUGCGUUCUUUGUGUUUACCGGUAUAGCGGCGGCGGGGUGUGUGCUCUUUUACACCCUGUUUCCGGAAACACGGGGUAAGAAUCUAGAAGAAGUGGAGGAUGUUUUUGGGACCUUUUUCCGGUGGAGGUCAAGACAGGCAGAAUUGGACAGGAAGAAAGAGGCUGAGAUGGUGGCUCAUAAGGUCCAAAAUUAAGUUUAGGCAUUAGAAGUUGCAAGAAAAUAAGUAUGUAAUUAUGGGUUUAUGAAGCGUAUUUAUGUCUAUUGCUCACAAGGGAAAAUUUGUGUUGUUUAAAAGUUGCAUGAAAUGUGGGUGUAGUAGUAAUGCAAUGCUCUAUUUUAUAACAAGAAAGAUUAUAUCGCAUUAUGUUGUAGUAUGGUUUGGACUUUGUGAAAAUGGUCACAAGUUGUUUGGCAAUA